UGGUUAAACAUAGAGGGAACGAUAGCUUAAAGCCGACUAGCCCGAAUACAACCUUUAUCAGAUAAUUUAACGCGAUAGUUGAGUUUAAUGGGCACAUUUCACACUCCGCAUAGUCGGACGCAUUUUAGAUUAGGCUAUAGCAAGUUUAGCUUCUCCGGUUUUCAGCUUUUUAAACUCUACGUUGUAUUGACGCUAAGCAACAGCUAAUUGUGAGAUUGUUCUUAUCUAACUAAAAGGCACUAAAAGAUUUCUUAUUUAACAAACUAUGGAUCGACCAUCAAGGAAGAAAAAUGUAGUGAAUUACUGUGAAUCCAAGGACUUUGAUAAUGAUGAUGAGGAUUUUGCUUGUGUAAAAACCCCACCCAAUAAAAAGGCCAGAGAGGAUGUGAAACAAGAUUGCAAGAAAUCAUCAAGCAAGUCCUCAAGUCAAGAAAGUAACUCUCAAUCUGCACUCAGUCAGAAGAAGAGAAAACCACUGGAUGUGAAGUUGUAUGAACGAGAUCUAGAAGCAGCAAUUACUCUUUCCUUACUCAAUCCUUUAGAUGAAAAAACAGACCAUUCACCAGCCAGUAAAGGAGACCUCACGGUUCAGCAUCCGGUAGAUGAAAACAUAGAUCCUUCUUCAUUGCACUUUUCCAACUGCAGUGUGGAUAGCACACGUUUGGGUCUCGACCAAAUAACAUCAGAAAAAGAUUCUCCUGCCCUAGCCAGACAAAGAAACACUGCCCCAAAGGCCACUGAAGGACAAAGAAGCAAAUUUAAGGAUGAAGAUGAUGACUAUCAGCCCAAACUGACACCAGAAUCUGAGAGUGAUGAUGAUUUCAGUGAACCUGAGAGUGAAGAUGAGGAAUUCAUGGUCAAGAAAGCCAGCAAAACAAAAAAGGAGAAAGUAACUAAGAAUGAGAAAACCAAAAAGCCUCCUGCUGCUAAAAAAGAAAAGCAGCCAUUAAAGCCAUCAAAGCCUGGAUCACAAGCUGCAGUAUCUUCUGCCCCAGUGAGAAGUCCUCCAGUAUCCAAAUCUGCACCAGAACCCAAAAGAUCUGCUUCAUCUUCAGUUUCUAUGGCGAAACCUGUUUUAUCUCAGAGUCCAGCAGGGGGCAGGAUACCCAAGUGGAACCCACCAGGUCAAAUUGGUAAAGGUCCCGUUUCACACCAGAGUCCAACAGUGAAGUCUCCAGGUCAGGGUCUGCGACUCGGACUGUCCCGUCUUGUUCGAGUUAAACCUCUUCACCCCAGUGUUGCAAGUCACUGACCUGUCUGAGGAUAUGUGUACUUGUGAAUCCAGUAUUUGUUGUCUUUUUAGGUGUAUAUAUUGCUUUAAAUGCAUGUAAAUAUCAAUUUCAAUCAUUUUUUAUGUUUGACUACACAUGUAACAUGAUAUUAGCAUUUAAUAUCUUUCAACUUCGGAAUAAAUUAUUUUCUACAGAUAAACAGUCAUUAUUACACCAUGCAGGAUGAUCAAGACACACUCAUAUCACAGGUAAAUGCCACUGCCUUAUUCACAUCAGUGCUCUGUGUCUAAUUUGAAUAUUUAAUUAUUUCUCCCCAUGGGACUUGUCAGAUAUGAAGAAAUGUAGAUGUAGAGAUUUAGUCUUAUUUUACAUUACAACUUCCAUCCAAAUAAACUUUU